UACCGCGCUUCUGGUUUAUCGAUGAUUGAGUUUGCCAAAACGCAGCCGCCUAGCCUGUUGCAAACUGCUCUUAUCCAGCACAUUGACAAGUGUUACACGGACUCAGAAAAGGUUGCCCGAGUCACUUCGCAUCUAUCUCGGCAAACUGGCAGCCAAAAACCGCGGCAAAAAGGAUUAUCGCAAAGACGAACUUGAAGUCAUAGCCCAAAGCAUGGAGCAACGCCUUAUCCUUAUAAAGCAACGAGAGGACGGGCUGGCCUUGAAGAAAGAAAUGGAGCAGCACUUGCAGGUUUGGUAUGUACGAGCAAUCAAGUCCACAUUCAAGAAGACAUCAGAAAAGCUCCGCGCCCACCUUGGUGUCGCUGGAAAGCAAGACAACCUCCUGCAGAAGCGAUUGAAUGACGAGAUAAAUUCGAUUUGCAUGGCAACGAUCCUAUACGAGCUUUGGACGCAAAUGGACACCAUGAACGAGAAGAGAGGAAAGGGGACUCCCCGCGCCGUCUUUGACUUGGUUGCGGCUCACCGCCUGGCAGACAAAGACGGCAAGCUGACCACUUCUGAUGGUCGCCAUUUUACUGCAGAAGGCUAUGGCACAUUUAUGCGUGCUGCUUCCGUCCAGGUGCUCGACCAACACAUGCGUGCGCACAACACGGAUCGCAAGUACCAGCUUUGGUUUGUGCCAGUGAUUGACGCAGAUUCGCUUCUACUGGAAAUCGACUCAUUGAAGAAGUAUUACGCUCCGAGACAGUACACCACGCCUGGUAGGUUCCGUCCUUUGAGACCACCAGUCACUCGACCCUCGCACGUUGACCACAACUGGGCUGAGCACCGCACUGGCGACCACGAUGACGAUAACUCCGAAACCGGCUCCUAUCACUCUGAAAUUGGGAUGAUCGAGGCCGAGUACGAGUCAGUAGACGACGAGUCUAGCUCUGCAGAUGAUCGUAUGUGGGACAUAGGUGUAGGCUUCUAUUUCAGGUAAGCUUUUCUUCCGGGCGCUUCUCAAGUAGAUUGGCAAAUCAAUAUCACUAGCAAGGAAGUUAGGAAAUGAGUGAAUGGUGUCGAAUCUCAGCUGGCCCUGAGCUGGGAGGACGAACAAGACUCCCAUCUGAAUACCU